AUGACAUCGGCAUUCAACCCAGUACAUGUACUGAACCUCGGAGAGUCCAAGGAGGCUGCGGAGAACGAUGAGAUACACAAACAAGUGCGGGAACUGGCCAAAGGCUCCAAAAUCACAUGCAUCAGCUCUUUCGGCGACAAAUUGCUGGUAGGUCUGCAGUCAGGAGUGCUACUGUCUUGUUUGGUGACCGACCCUCACGCUCAGGAUGGCUUUUCCAUCACAAAAGUUGACUCAAUUAAUCUGAAUGGAGCAGUGACCCAGAUUGAGGUCAUCAGAGACACCCGCAGCUUAAUUGUCCUGGCUGGAUCGCUCAUUUAUGUUGUUUCCAUCGGAUCUCUCAGCAUAGAGGAGACACUGCAGAAAUCAAAGGGAGCUUCGCGGUUUGCAUCCAUCUCUGAGGUCGACGCCACUCAUGAGAUCCGAAACUUCUCAGAUUCCGACGACCGAGUCGAUGACGACUCGCCCAGUGUCAUUUCUCGUCUGGCUAUUCCCAUCAAAAGACGUUUAUUGGUGUACACAUGGAUCGACACUGAGUUCUCGUCUUUCAGAGAACACACUCUCCCCGAUAAGGCACGGGCUGUGACCUUCCUCAACACGCACUCUCUGGUGUGCAUGCUGCCUUCAGAGACUCUGGUAGCGGAACUCUCACGAUACGCAGACACAGUCAAAUUUAUAGAGGCUGCACCACCUACGAAUCUGCAGGCCUACCAUGGAACUCAAGAGGCUGCUGGAUACAUGUCAUAUAUCGGCUUGUCCCGUUCCCCUCGGCCUAAGGCAGUGCGGCUGUCUGAUGAUUUGGCAUUGCUGGUUCGAGACACUACUUCAGCAUACCUGGACGAAACUGGACGUCUGGUGCCCUCUUACGGCGGAAUAUCCGAUGAUAUGGUACUUGCCGAGCACCCCCCACAUGCCGGUCGUAACAAACACCGACAUGAUCAUUCUCACCAGCUGUGUUUCAACUACACCAACAAGCUCAAUUGGAAGAUUGCUCCCGCGGCUGUUGGAAUUGUGCACCCGUACCUAUUGGUAGCUCUUCCAUCUCACGUGGAAGUCCGAAACCCAUACACCACUACUCUUAUUCAGCAGAUCACUAUCCCCGAUAUUCAGCACAUAAGUCACAACAGAAAGAUCAGCUACAUUGCCACCGGAACUAGGGUGAUUCGGCUGUUCUCUACCGACUACAUUUCUGUCAUCGACAAUAUAAUCGAGAUGGGCUUCCUUGAUGAGGGUAUCUCUCUCAUGUCCAAGAUUGACCAGGUUCUACUAGAAACGGGUAAUGAGACUGAAGGAGGAGAGGAGGGCAAGAGCUUGAAGGAACGGAAACUGAGAGAACUCAUUAUUCUCAAAGCCACCAGCCUUUAUGAGAAUGGUGAUAUCGAGGACUCCAUGUCGCUUUUCUCGGAAGUAAGUGCUCCUCCGGAGCUUGUUCUAGAACUGAGUAAAGGGUUGCUGCAAGAUGACGAAGAUGCUGGCGAUGUGGAUCACCACGAGGAUGAAGUCAAUGGAGAGGAGGAAACCCAAGCAGAUGACACCCACAAAGAAACAGGCGAGGGUAAAAAUCAUACCAACGGUUCCGGAAAGAAUAAUGAAGAAGACUCCAUGUCUCCUGGGGCACCUUCUAUCACUCUUUCGUCUCGUGACACCGCAUCUAUUCACACGGCUAACCGGCCUUCGCCUGCACUUACCAGUCUUCUUGUGUUUCUGACUGACACUCGAAGAAAGCUGACCCGGAUCACGACUUCUCAGGAGAAGAUUUACUACCGAGGUGUCGAACUUUCCAACGAUAUUUACGGUAAUGCAGAGCAAGCUAUGGCUCUUGUUGACACAUCCCUUCUCCAGUGUUAUAUUCGAGUCUCUCCUGGUCUUAUUGGCCCUCUUCUCCGUGUCAAGAACUAUUGUGAUCCUACUGUGGUGAAGACGGAGUUGUCCAAAUUAUCCAAAUGGAAGGAACUGAUCGACUUCUACUAUGGAAAGGGUCUUCACAAAGAUGCUUUGGAGCUGCUGGUUGAGUUAAAGGGCAAGAAUCAUGAGUUCACGUCUGAGUCCAUCAUCUCGUACCUCCAAAAGCUCGAUGCACAUAACAUCGACCUCAUUUUGGAGUUCUCAAAGGUGCCUAUUGAGGAGGAUAUUGAAAAUGGACGAGAGCUAUUUUUAGAGGAUACGGACCAGGCUACCAGUUUGCCUCGAAAUAAAGUGGUUGCGUUCCUGAAGGACGUCUCUUCUCUUUUAGCAAUUGAGUAUCUCGAGGAUCUUGCCUACAAGAAGCACGACGAUACUGUUCGCUUCCACAACGAUCUGGCACUGUUGUACAUUCGUGAAAUUGAGAAGUCAGACGAUGCUUCUGACAAGGAGAAGUUCUCCCGAAAGCUGCUCAAAUUUCUCGGCAGAUCUACUCACUAUCGACCCCAGACUGUCUACUCUGCUGUUCCAAAGAAGAUGUUCGAGCAACGAGCUGUGCUUCUUUCCAAGAUGGAUCAGGAGCAUGAUGCUCUGGUAAUCUACGUCUAUGACAUGGACAGUCCUAUGAAGGCACAGAACCAUGCAUCUGACUUGUAUGGAAAGGACCCUGUCAAGGGUCUGGAGUCGCUGCAUGAACUUCUGGAUAUUCUGCUGACUCCUCCCAGGAAGGGGCCCAAGCCCAACAUUGAGGCGGCGCUCAAGCUUCUGAGUUCCCAGGGCUCUCGAAUGGACCCUGCCAAGGUUCUGAAUCUGCUGAGUGACGAUGUCAAGAUCUCAGAGAUCUACCCAUUCCUGUGUUCACAGAUUCGUAACACCACUGCUACCGCUAACCAGCUAAGACUGCGAACCUCGUUGGAGAAGGUGUAUGCAGUCAGCGUCGAGGAGGAGUAUCUCGAGACUCGUGCGCAAAGCGUCCGAGUAACUGACUCUCGUAUGUGUCGGAUUUGUCUAAAACGACUUGGCCACAGUGUUGUUAGUGUGUUCCCUGAUUUGACUGUGGUUCACUAUGGGUGUGCCAACGCUUACCAGGAUAUCCUGGAUCGAAAGAGGGCCCGUCCUUUGACGGUUGGUACUCUGAAUUAA